CACCGCUACCUCGCGUUCUACUACUGCAAUGCGACUGCAUUCGCCGCGUCAGUUGUGGUAUGCCUCCUCCUCCUCAUUCUGAACAGCGAGUCCAAAGCCUGGGCAGCUGCAUUGCGGGUGCUCAUGGUUCUUGAUUUACUGGGCCUCAUGGGAGCCUAUGCUGAUGGAAGCUGCCGUGAUACAUUCACAACCAUCUACUCUUCAGUGAUUAUGUCAGCCAUCCUCCUAUACAUCAUGAUUGCUUUCUUCGUCUAUGUCUUCUCGGGGAAUCCUGAGAAGCAAGCCGAGGAUCCUAAAAAUCACAAGCGUGAAGAUCAGCAUGAGGUCUUGAUGCUACUCGCGACCUUUGUUGUUACUAUCACAUAUGUGGCUGGGCUGAACCCACCAGGUGGCUUCUGGAGCAACUCCAAGGAUGGCCACCUUGUCAGCAACCCAAUUAUGCAGGAACACAACUCCAGCCGCUAUCAGGCAUUCUUUGUCUGCAACACCACUGCAUUUGUUUCAUCCCUUCUUAUUAUCAUUCUUCUCCUUGACAAGAAGCUGAUACUUUCCUUACCUUCACUGAACCUAAACAAAUCGUCUGCACGGUUUGUAGCAUUGUAUGGAUUCAUUGUCGUCGCGCUAUUUGGCCUUGUUGGUGCCUAUGCUGCUGGGAGCUGCAGGGAGCCUGAAACAACUACCUAUGUUGUUUGCCUUAUUGGCGCGGUUCUUGCCUAUAUCUCCCUUCAAGUCGUUAUAACCAAAGCCAUUACUGAAAAUAAUCGAGACUUAUUCGUCGAGCCAGAAAGCAGCAGGGAUAAUGAAACAACAGGAAAAGCCGAGGACAACAAAGCACUGGAAAGAGCCAAGACCAAUGAAGCAUCAAAAAAAUCCAAUGAGGCACUGGGAAAAGCCAAGGCUGAAGAACCAGAAAAAUCCCAGGCCAACCAAGCUCUGGAAAAAGCACGCAACCUUGUUAUAUUGCUUGCUACUCUCGUUGCGAGCAUCACUUACCAAGCUGGGCUAGAUCCACCAGGCGGCCUCUGGCCAGAUGACCGGGAUGGUCAUAAGGGUGGCGACCCAGUAUUGCUGACAACACACCCUACACGGUACAAGGUGUUUUUCUAUAGCAACUCAGCAGCUUUUGUGGCAUCAUUAAUUGUCAUCACAAUGGUCCAGAGUAGCUCCCUUCUUAGGCGCCAUACACUGGAGGCAGCCAUGUUACUGGAUCUGUUCGGCCUCAUAGGUGCAUAUGCCGCAGGGAGUUGCAGGGAUGUAAGCUCCUCCAUAUAUGUUGUCGCCUUGGCUGGAGCUGUCCUUGUCUAUGUGGUGAUUCAUAUUGUUUUCUUCACAUUAGACCACGGGGUCAAGCCGGAAGAAGAGACUGUGUUGGAUAAUAGGCGUGAGGUGUUGCUGCUCUUGGCAAUCUUGGUCGCUACACUCACUUACCAAGCUGGGUUGACCCCACCUGGCGGCUUCUGGUCAGCGGAUGACAACUUGGGGCACCAUGCAGGAUUCCCAGUCCUCCUAGAUAACUUUCCUCACCGUUACAGG